UUCAAGAGCAAAUUCUACAAGCUUCCAGAUGCCACCAAUGCAUCUUCCUCCUCACUAUAAAGGCUGAGAUUCACUGCACCACACGACUUGAAAACAAUUCCCAAGCAAUCUCAGUCAUCUUUAGCCUUCUGAAACAAUGGCUUCCUCUUUGGCUCUGAAAAGGCUCCUCUCUUCUUCCAGGUCGCUCCGCCCCGCCGCAUCCUCUCGCCGCUUCUUCAACACCAACGCCGUACGCGAGUACGACCACGACGCCGAUAUCAACCGCCGCGUCUUCUCCCCCUUCGGCUUGGCAGAUGUGCUGAGUCCGUUCCCAAGGAGGAGCAGUCUGAGCCAGAUUCUGAACGUGAUGGACCAGAUGAUGGAGUCGCCGGUGAGUGGAGGCGGUAGGAGGAGCUGGGACGCGAGGGAGACGGAGGAGGGACUGCAGCUGCGUGUGGACAUGCCAGGAUUAGGGAAGGAGGACGUGAAGGUGUCGGUGGAGCAGAACAGGCUGAUAAUUAGAGGCGAGGGGAAGCAAGAGAGCGAGGAGGAUGAGAGUGGGAGGAGGUAUACAAGCAGGAUCGAUCUGCCGGAGAAGCUGUACAAGACGGAUGAGAUCAAGGCGGAGAUGAAGAACGGUGUGCUCAAGGUGUUCGUGCCUAGGAUCAAGGAGGACCACAGGAAUGAUGUUUUCCAUGUUAAUAUCGAAUAAUAGUCUAGUCUAGUGUUUGCACAACAAGCUAAGUUCAUCCUUUUCUGAUGUCCAAGGCGUGGCUUUCUUCUUGUGAUUUCCUCUCUACAAUAAGACGAAUAGUGGGGGUUUCUUCUCAGGGUGUUUUUUUUUUACUUCAUUAAAAAAGAUAAUCAAGGUUCAGAUAGAUGCUUUUGUGUACCAGUCACAUAUUAAUCAAUAUGUUAAUAAUUAUUCACAUGUUUAGUUCUAUUAA